AUGUCCGAAAGCGCUACCCAAGAUCCUCCAGAUUCAACGAAAGGGAAAGCCCGCAAGGCGGACCUGAAUGCCCCGGUACGGAAGCGACGCAAAAGAGCCGUCGUGAGCGGUGCUCCGGAUGACUGCUUCGCAUGCUCCAAGCGGGGCGCGCGGUGUGACCGCCGCCGUCCAUAUUGCUCCCAGUGCCUCGAUCUCGGCCGCGAAUGUUCCGGAUACAAAACGACGUUAACAUGGGGAAUGGGAGUGGCCAGCCGAGGCAAGCUUCGCGGUCAGAAGCUCCCAGUGAUGGGUUCGUCCGCAAAGGCAUCUGGGAAAUCGUCCGAAUCACGGCAAUCGGCGGCAGCAGCCCCGCAGAAUCAAAAACCACUCUCGCAGGCUUCAAAUCCACCAGCACCGAGCCAGGUUCCGGUCCUCCCGGCGGGCGAGGAAUUCACAACUAUGGACUUUGGACGGUUUGACUCGGGGGAUUCCGACCUUCGUCGGCCGUCAGCGAUGUCUAAUAUGUCCGACCCAUCCACCAUGGCAUGGACAAUGGAUAUGCCAGAUCCACGUACAUGGUCCAAUGCGCCUGCUAUCCCGCCUCCAAUAUCAGGCUUGCCACUGCCCAGUCGACCAAUGGCGUCAAACCGGCUGAGUCCAAGCAUGGCUAGCGUGAAGAGCAUGGCAUCGACGGACAGUUUAAUGCAAUAUCCUGGUCUUAGUCCGGAAGCCACCUUCGCUAAUCCAGUUUGGCCUGCUGCAAACAACUGGGUAGCCCCGCAUCUGAAGAGUCCGGUUCAGGAAGCGGACGAAGAGUAUGAACGAUCCAUGGAGCACUCCAUAUUAUGGGAUGCUGGCCAUUCACCUUCAUACUCGCAGCUGCUUCUCGCGCGAUCGGUGGGGCGUACGCCUCGAUUACGAUAUCUUAUCAGCUAUUUCACCGAGGUCAUUUCGCCCAUGAUUGUCGCUUUCGAUAGCCCAACCAACCCCUUCAAGACUCACGUGCUGCGGUUGGCCCAGGGCAGUGAAGCUCUACAGGAGGCCAUCGCUACUUUAUCCACCAGUAACCUACGGCAACGACGGGAACGAAAUCACAUGUCCACUGAAAGAACAUUGCCCGCGCGCAUGUCAUCAAUGGCUCAUCGGGCUCUCACGGAUCAGGCAUUCCAAGACCGAUAUGGUAUCUCAGUGCCAGAGGGCUAUGCUCGCGAGGAAAACCACCACCGAGCUAUGGCAGUGAAGGCUCUAAAUGCAGAUCUGGCAGACCCUCGUCGUAGAUUAUCGGACUCGGUAUUGGCGACUUUGUUGGUCCUCUGUCUAUUCCACGGGUGUGACACUGGAGUUGCCGAAUUUCGAGCCCAGUUUGCCGGCGUCACGCGAUUGCUCGCAAUCCGAAUGCGCCACUCAUCAGUCUUAACGGAUGAACUCAAAUGGUUCAUUCGUAUGUUCUCCUGGUUUGACACUUUGACUGCCACUACGAACGAUCGUGAUGUCCAACUUCGUGGGAAGUGUUUGGAUAUCAGCUCAAUUUCGGAUGGAGAAUGGGGUCUCGAGAAUCUGGCAGGCUGCGAUGGCCGGCUAUUCAAACUCAUUUCCCAACUUGGGCGUUUGAACCUGCUCAGUCAAGAUCAACAACCCACCGAGUCUACUCGCCCUUCUGAUGUUUCCGUCCCUACUUCCUCUCUCCCUCCAGCAAUGUUGUUCCCUGGCUGGGAUGCUGUCACUGGGGUUACCGAUCCAGCCUUCCAGGCGGGCAAUAAUUAUGCAUUCUCUAUUCCAACCCCACCUCCAAGCAUCGAUCAGGCCCGGAAGCCAUCGUCGCCUGCAUUCUGGACUGAAUGGUAUUCAUUGCGACAGCGUCUCGAAUCCUGGAGAUUCGAUCCACCUGCUUCGACAACAAUGCCAUCUCCACCUUCAUCUGCUUCAGGGAUGACUAACUGGAAUUCCCCAACGUUCAUACCCGACUCUUCUCCCUCUAUUACUUACCAUGUGGCUGCCGAGAACCUUCGAGAUGUCUACCAAAUUUCUGAAUGUUUCCGCCACGCUGCACUUCUAUACUGCGAACGACUUGCGGAGCCAAGUCUCCCAUCUCGUCAUCCGCGAAUUCAGCAUCUCGUUCAUCUUGCCAUGCAUUGUCUUCGCGCGGUACAAUCUGAUGUCUAUCUACUUUGGCCACUGUUCAUAGUGGGCUCCGAAUGUGUCCAAGAGGACCAUCGAGCGGCCGUUCGCGCUCGAUGCAAGGACAUCUCCAAAGACUCUGGCUUUGUAAACAACCUCUCUUGUCUAGAGCUGUUAGAAAGGAUCUGGUCUGAGCAUUCUGAUGAAGCUUCUUACCCAGUUUAUCCAUCUGAUCUGGGACCGCCUCCACUGGAUGGAGGCUCCGGGUCUAAUACAUCUCAGGCUUUCCGCUGGUCCCGUGUUAUGCAGGCCAAACGGGGCGGAGGAGAGUAUAUGGUGGCAUAG